AUGGCAAACUCCAAAGUCCCCAAUCUCAAUUUCGGAAGUCCAAUAAUCUUCUUCGAUUCCAAUCCCGAGAUGCAACAAACCUACAUCGGAUCGUGUUUUACCUCCUUGAAAGAAACCCUCAAGACCUCCUGGACGGGCGAGGUGCGCAAGUUCCACAACCCAGGAACCUUGCGAAUUAUCUUCUGGACGCCGGAAGGAAAAGAAUGCAUCAAAGACUACGAUUUGCACGAAUACAAACUUGUGCGGGAGGCGUGGGAAUCGUUGUUCAAGUUGCCGGAUGUGAAGCGCGCGAUUGUGAUGGGGUAUAGUGGACAGAAUCCGUAUGUGAAGGAUUUUGGAGAGAAGAAUCCGUGGGAGGAUAAGAUUGAGAGGGAGAAGACGAGACAGAGGAGGAGUGAACAGUUACAGGGGGAGAGUAAGGAGGGGAGGACGGGUAAGGAGAUUGACAUUAAGAAUGUUAUUGAUAAGACGGAGGAAGCGGAGGUGAAGAAGAUUGCGGAGCAGAUUGGAAAGGUACCGAUGAAACAUGAGGAGGUAUAG